CCGUUGGAGCCGUUGAGAGCAGACAGAAGACAGAAGACACGGACACAGAGUCGGUCCUUUAAACAGCUUCAGAGUCUCCAACCGGAGUUAAAACACACUCUACGGGUUGAGUUAGAACCGGGGAACACAGUCUGAUGGAUUUAUUGAACUUUCCUCCGUCGUUGUGGUGACGAAGGACGGCUGAACCGGAGAGCUGAACCGACCUGAGACCGGAGUCUGGAGGAGUUUAGAGGAGGAACUCACCGCUCUGAUCUCUGACUGACUUCAGAGUCCCGUCAGCGGACAACAUCUAACCGUCUAACCGCUCUCCUCUACGGUUUGACCCUCCAACGUCUCCUCUCUCCAUCCUGAUCCUUCGUCCUCAUUGGCUGCUGUUCCCCCAGAGGGCGGAGCUAAGUAUGGGGUAAGAGAGCUGAGAGGAGACGCCAAGACGACACGAGCUGAGGAGGCCCUCGAACCUGCACAGAACCCCCCCUUCCCCCUCCCACUCAUUUCCCAGAAGUCCCCUUGUUUGUAUGGGGAUGCCGAGGACAGGAAAGCCUAAUCAUCCAUGAGAAAGGAGGGGUCCGAAGAGAAAAGUCUGUGCCUGUCCUCGUUGGAGCUAAAUUCAAAGAGUAGAAAGGAGGAAGGCAGGUAGAGGAGGUGAGGAGUAUAAAAGGGGGUAAACAUGUGAUAGGAAAGAGAGCAAACAGGGGCGCAGCAGUGCAGAGAUGUUGCUAGGAGGCCGAGACAGCAACACGAUACAGAGGCAGGAAGGAUACAGGCAGCGGUGCAGAGGAAGAUACGCCCACUGAAGCACGACUUAGGUGGUGACGGGUGCAGGACGCCGUCAUGGCGCUGUUGCGGAGGAGGCUGAAGCUUGUGGUGACGGUGACGAUGGUCAACCUCUUCAUCUUCAUCAUCAUCACCCGACACAGCAGCCAAGACAAAAACAGCCGUCGCAAAAUCAACAUCCCCUCCAAACCCUUCUGGACCAAACUGGUUCCCAGUCCGGCCUACUGGAACCGCCAGCAGCAGAUUCUGAACCUUCAGAACAAUCCCAUCCUGAUAGCCAACGACAGCUACACCGGAGACAUGCCCGAUUGGCUUAACGACACCGGUGUGACCUCCGACCCCUGCCAGCCUAACUUCAGGGUUACCACUCAGGUGAAAGACUACAACUACCUACCGGACCGCUUCAAGGACUUCCUGAGUUACAUGCACUGCCGGUCCUACCCGAUCAUGGUGGACCAGCCGGAAAUCUGUAAGGAGCCGCCAUUCCUGCUCCUGGCUGUCAAGUCGCUGGCGCCGCACUUCGACCGCCGCCAGGCCAUCCGUCAGUCCUGGGGACGGGCGGGGAUUAUAGCCAAUCAGACGGUGGUUACCAUCUUCCUUCUCGGCAACGCCACAGCCGGGGACCACCACCCGGACCUGUCCGGGAUGCUGGACUUUGAGAGCGUCCGCCAUAAAGACAUCAUCCAGUGGGAUUACCGGGAUUCCUUCUUCAAUUUGACCGUCAAAGAAGUUCUGUUCCUGGAGUGGAUUCAGACUCGCUGCCCCGGUGCUCGCUUCAUCUUCAAAGGAGACGACGACGUCUUCGUCAACACCUACCGCAUCCUGGACUUCCUCAAGGGCCUCUCGGAGCCCAACGCCAGGGACCUGUUUGUGGGUGAUGUGAUCACCAACGCGGGGCCACAUCGAGACAAGAAGGUGAAAUACUUCAUCCCGGAGAGCAUGUACAUCGGGACGUACCCUCCGUACGCAGGAGGAGGCGGCUACCUGUACUCUGGCAACCUCGCCGCUCGCCUGCAUGACGCAUCCCAACGCGUAGCGCUCUACCCGAUAGACGAUGUCUACACAGGGAUGUGUCUUAGGAAGCUAGGGCUGGCCCCCGAGAAGCACAAAGGCUUCAGGACCUUUAACAUCGAGGAGAAGUACAGGUACAACCCCUGUGCCUACGAGAGUCUAAUGCUGGUUCACCCGAGGACGCCGCAGGAGAUGAUCCAGAUCUGGGCCUGGCUCAGCAGUCCGGACCUGAAAUGUCACUGACAGAUGGGACUGAACCAGCCCGAGAGACGAAGACAUGUCGAGGUCAAAGAGACAGAUAUUUUAUUUUGAACAGGGUCGUGACUUUCGAGUCGGCAGCUUUAAGUUAAGAUGUUAUUAAACUGGUCACUUGAAGCCUCAGCUCGGAGAAGCUGGUGAAUUGUUCCUCUAAAGAAAUGAGGCAGGAUGUUUUCAGAAUGGCCACCAUAGUAUUUUGACUUGACGUCAGACUUCCGUAGACGAGCUAACCCUGCUUUACUGUCGCACGAGCUUCACCCAAAGUGACUGUGUCUUUCUCUGCGUGCACAUAUUUAUAUCACAACUAUUUAUAAGGCCUUUAUGAUGCUUUAACACUGUGUGUGUGUGAGCUCCGUGACGGAGCGUCUCAAUGCUGUAUUCUAGAAACGAGGAGACUAAGAGCUGGGAUGUGUCCACCUGGGACUCUCAAGAGGAAAGACACCGUGUCAGCUUUUAUUUUCAGCACUGUUGAGUGUCUAAACAUUUCAAACGAGAGAUUCGUGAAGCUCUUAAACUUCACGUCUUGGUGGUUCCCUGCUGCCAGCUUUAAGAGAGCUUCCUGGUGAACACGUCCUAGUGAUUGUUGCUGGAGGCUCAGUUCAUGCUGCUAUUCCCAUCCACACUCCCUAAAGUAUUUACUUGUGACUCGCUCCGACUAAAACUAAACUCCUCAGAAAGAACUUCAACGUUUGUAUUCAUUUACAAACCGUUCUGGAAAAGGAGUUUGUUUUAUCUUAAAUCUCUAAAGUCCAAAGGUCCCGCUCUUCCUUUUAUUUAAUAGGUUCCCAUCAUUUGUGCUGUGUCUUAUUAUUUGUUUUUAACUGGUAGAUAUCUCCUAUCACAACAGAGCUUCAUCCCUAGAGCUUCAGAAGGAGGUGUUUGGUGGAGUGAAGACACACUUUGCUUUCAGGAAACAGGAAUGUGAGUCCGGCUUCAGCUCAGCAGGUCUGGGCUUGGUUUUUUUUUUUUUUUUGAGACAUUGAUGUAGAAAUCCAAAUGCUGUUCUAAUUCUGCUUCAGGUUCUCAACACAAACUGCUCAUACGAACCCUUAAGUGCAUUUUCAGAGAUAUUUCAGAGCUGCCGGCGUAGAGCUUCUUCUGUCUGAAACACUCGCUAUAACUUGCCUCCCGAGUGUCUGCAGCUCUUCAUGUGGACGUGUUGAAUGCUGUUGCUUUACUGGGAUGUCAGUGAAUCACAGUUAAAAUGCUUAAACACAGCUCUACACAUGCCUACGCUACCUAAAGCUUUCAUUACUUAACAAACUGUCUCUGCGAUGUUCACUGAUCUGAUUUUGAAGGCUGCGUUUCAGAAUGUUUCGUAUCCUUAUGGAGGAGAUGAGUUCUUAUUGUCUUUAUUUGACCUUCUCUUCCAGGCGUUUGUGUUUGUUGGUGAAGCUUUAAGAUGUUGUUGGAAUGAAAGGUCCUGCUCCGCUCACUGCUGUACGGCUUUAGUCUUUAGUCGUCUACUCGCUUUAUGAGAGAAAACGCUGCACAUAUUUACUUUGCGUCCGUUUUCAGCUGCAUGUGAGACACAGCGGGACACAUAUUGAGAGUUUGUCUCACGUCUCAGUGAAGGAGAUGCUCUUUCUAUGGUUUCUCUCAGAAGUGUGUGAACAUGAAUGUAUAUCAGUACCCAGGUUUGGGGUCAACCCACUUUCAUUCAUUUCAGCUCAACAAGUGUCUUCAGUAUUCACACUCGGGACCCGGUCCGAGACAGAAUCGGUUUCAGUCUGACCCUGAACCUGGUUGUUAAACGCUUGAUGUGAUCUGAGAGAAGAAGGGUGACGUUCCUACGCCUCUGUUAGAGCUCCCCCUGCUGGUCAGGAUGCUCAUCUUCAGCUUGUUAAGACUCGGAGCUUUAUUACACAGACACUGACGACUCCAGGACCCGAAACCGUAGUCCCCGACCUCAUUUAUUUAUUUCACCUUUUAACCAUCCGUUCCUUAUCUCAGUCUCUGACUCUUCAGAUGCUCUAAAUGGUCACUUACAGCUCUCCGUUUUAUUGUCUGUUACUGUAGUGUGACUUUUUUUGCUGUUACUUUUAGCCUACAUCGGUGUCAGGUCUUUCCACACAAGAGAAAAAUAAAAAGUUAAGACAAUCACCGUGAGGUUCUUUUCUGGGUUCUGGGAUUACCGACUUACUGGACACUAUUUGAAUGUGCUAGAAUCCAUCUAACUCCAUGUAGGAUAAAACAAACACUAAAGAGAAAGAGACCCGAAGCAUCACCUGCUCAACAUCGUCACUGCACUCUCGUACCAAUAACAGGUCACAUGUUCUGUCCUCGCCACACAGUUUGUGGCUACUUGAAAUGUUUACAUGCUUUUUAAAAAAGUCAUCACUUAUUUUUAAUAAUUGUUCAUUCUUUCUGAUGAUUGGCAACUUUUGCUUUAACUGUCUGACGUCUCUGUCCUCUCCAAUUUAAAACCUUUAUCACUCACUGUGCUUUAUUUUGUAAUUUUGCUUUGAAGGACUUCUUCCUGUUUCUUUUACACACACACACACACACACACACACACACACACACACACGUUGUGUUGUGUGUUUGGACAGUCAGUGUUUCUCUGGUCUCCGUCGCCAGGGUGGGUCGUUUUCUCAACUUCUCUAGAAGCUAUGUGGAUGUAGAAAACCGUCAUAUUAGCACCAAUAAGCAGUGAAAUGUAUUAGUCAACAGGGGAAGAUGAAUGGACAUGACGUGAUGGGUGCUCCGGUGUUUGGGCAUUUAAUCCGUCAGGAUUUGGAUGAAAUAUCUAAACCUUUAAGCCAUUAACUGUCACAUUCACGAGUAUAUCUUGUGAUUACUGUGUACUGUCACCUGCACUAGUCAGAGACGAGUACCACAUCUGUGCCUGAUGUUUGUAUUGUACUGUAUAUGUGUGUGUAAGAUUAUCUUUCAACCACAUUAAGUGUGAUGGCUUUGUUUUUUAAUACCUAGAAAGACUUGAUUAUUUCAAUAAAGUUAUAUUUUGCUGUUUUUGUAUAUACUGUUCUAUGCAUUUUUAAUUGUGAUACAAAUAAAUUAUGUGAAGUAUAAA